AUGCACGCGCCGCGCUGGCUUCUCGCAACGAUCCCGCUGAUCGCGUUUGCGUCCGGGCAGAAGUGCUACUGGCCCGACGGCGGAGAGGCGACGUCGGUCGUGGCAUGUCCUGUAGCCGGCGGCACCGAAGCGGCAUCGUGCUGCUUCCGGAACCACUAUUGUAUGAGCAACGGCCUCUGCUUUUCCAAGACCGAGUUGAGUUUCUACCGUGGCGCCUGUACGGACCAGGACUGGACGACAAGCGGUUGCCCCAAGUACUGCGACAAGGAAGACAUCGUGGGUGGAGUUCCCGGCCGCCACGCCGGCAUUGCAAAAUGCGAGGAAAACAAAUAUGCUUGCCAAAGAACGAGCAACUGCGCAAACUAUACUUUCGGGGUACCUGCGGGAGUGAUGCUGCUCAACCAGUACUUGCAAUCAGACAUCGGCGGCUCUGCGACGCCAACAGCAACGGCGGCGGUGAGUAGCACUACCGGCGAAGCCAGCGCUGCGACAUGCCCAUCGACAACGACGGCGGCGGCGGCCAGCAGCGGAAUCUCAACGGGCGCGGCGGCGGGCAUUGGCGUGGGCAUCGGUGCUCCGUUGGCUCUUGCAAUUGGAGUUCUCACGGUCUUGCUCUUGCGCGAGAAGAAGAAGACGAGGGCGGCGUUGUCGGCGCAGACACCCGCCGGAACCGCGCCAACGUCGCCGUGGGCCAAGUCGGAACGGACAGCGUACGCGCCUGUCGAGAUCCAGACACAGACUCAGCCGCCCGAACUACCCAGCAACCACCAAGGCAGACACGAGCUCUCUUGA